GCCUCCGUGAGCGAAAUUGCACACGCCAUUCAUUCCGAGGACGAGAACAGAGGAUCCAUAGCCCCAUCGCAGCUUUUGGCACCGAAAGUGGCUCAGCAACAAGCCUUGGAGCCACGCAAGCUGAGAAGCGCUUCCCUGUCCGAGGCGCCGAAUCUGUCUCGAACUGUUUACUGCUUAUGUCUGAGACAGUAGCCUUAUAGAAGAGCGAGUUCCGUUGCCCACCUCUCCUGCAAUUCCAAUUGCCUUCUCCCAGUUUGCUACGUUGCUGCCUCGAGCAACUCGAACAUCAAAAUGCGGAUACCACAGACAAAGCUUCAGCGGGUGAAGGCAGGUACUCACCUGUUCCAGAGUGUGCUGGUCUUCGUGGCAGGAUGCCUGACUUUGGCCGUCAUGACCAAGUCGGGCGGCUAUGGUGGGCAGAGUGCUUUCUACUUCGCACUGUGCUUCUUCACCAUCCCAGCAGUCAUCUACCAGGUCAUGGUGCCAAUGUGGUCGCGUGCCUGGCGCUUCAACAAUGUCUGGGCAAUCGCAACCGUUGACGUGCUCUUUGCCAUCUUAUGGUUCGCGGCUGCCAUCGCUGUGGCAGUAUGGAAUGGCCAAGCGAUCUCCAAGGGCAAGACGAAGACCGAAACGAAGCCCGAUUCGAACACGGACACACCGAAACGCGCCGACGAAGUGAUCAAGGAUGGAAGUUGCAAGUCAUUCGCAUAUGGCAGUGUCAGCAAAUGCAACGUCAGCAAAGCCACCGUCGGGUUGGGAGUCGUCAUGUUCCUGCUCUUUGCGCUCACAGCUGCGAUUGCGAUAUACGCCAUCAAGCAGCACAAGAAGACAGGUGCCGUGCCCAUAAAUGAGUUCAAGAGAAACCCGGCGGGAAGUGCAAGAGAUUCGGACUCGAUCACGGACAAGACAGCAGACCCAUGGUCAACGGAUACCGAAGACCUGAACGGCAGCAACACCGACAGGUUCGGCCUUGGGCAGACUGCACCGACCGCCGACCGAGAAGGCUUGCUGGGAACAGGAGGUCACAGAAGAGGAGAUUCGGAUACAUACUCGCACACAGAUGCCGAGGGCAUGGCGCAUCCUGGAAGGAGAACGAGCUACCACUCGACCACGCAGACCGCCUAUGCACCAGCGAGCUAUGACGACCACAUGGCUCCGUCCGCCUUGAGUCCGACAGGCUAUGAUCCAGCAAAUCCGAACGGCCACCUCCAGUUCCCUGAAGCGAACUACAAUGCGUUGCGAUAGUGGAGAUGGAUGGCAGUGGCUUGAGGAAUGACACGAGUAUCAUGAAGUGUACGGCAGAAUGAAAGACUACGUUUGACCGGUCUGGAAGCGACCAUGAACCUUAUUCGAGCGAAUGUAUGAAAUGGACUUAUACUAUCCCUGA